AUGAGUCUGGAAAAGAAUCCUUGUGUAUUUUUCGAUGUGUCGGUUGAUGGAGAUCCGGUUGAAAGAAUUGUUAUUGAGCUUUUUUCUAGCGUAGUUCCUAAGACAGCCGAGAAUUUCCGGGCCUUGUGUACAGGUGAGAAGGGGAUUGGAGAAUCGACCGGGAAACCUUUGCAUUAUAAAGGAACAGGUUUUCAUCGUAUAAUUAAAGGUUUCAUGGCUCAAGGUGGUGAUUUUUCAAGGGGCAAUGGUACUGGUGGAGAAAGUAUAUAUGGAGGAAAAUUUGCAGAUGAAAAUUUCAAACUUAAACAUGAUGGACCUGGCGUUCUUUCUAUGGCUAAUAGUGGUCCUAACACCAAUGGAUCUCAGUUUUUUAUUAUAUUCAAGCGCCAGCCUCAUCUUGAUGGGAAGCAUGUUGUUUUUGGAAAAGUUACCGAAGGAAUAGAGAUUCUGAAGAAAAUGGAGCAGCUGGGGACAUCAGACGGGAAACCUACCAGUCCAAUUAAAAUUGUUGAUUGUGGUGAAGUCUCUAAAGCAAAAAGCCAGCAUGCUGUUGAGAAGGAGAAAGGCAAAAAGAAAAAGUCAGUGAAAUCCUUAUCAUCUGAUGAUAGCUCUGAUGCUGACAAAAAAAUAAGUAGAAAAAGAAAAAUAUCUUCCAAAGACAGGAGGAAGAGAAGGAGGAGAUACUCUUCAUCUGAUAGUGGCAGUGAUAAUAAUUCCUCAGAUUCUGAAUCAAAUUCAUCUUCAGAUUCCGAAUCAGAUUCAGAUUCAUCGUCUUCUGAUUCGAGCUCUUCUAGUUAUGGGAAACACCAGAAGAGGAAGAGAAAUAAACGCAGGCAUGGGAAGAAGAGAAGUAUUGGGCGGAAACAGAAAAGAAGCCAGCACAGUCGUAGAAGAUCAAAACACAAGUCCAAAAAGAGUUCUGAUAGUUCAAGUGAUACAGAAAGUGACAGUUCCAGUGCUAGUGACAGUAGUUCUGGUGAUAGGAAAGCUGAUCGCCGUGUUUCUGGUCGUAAAAUACAAGCCGACAAAGCUAAAAAUAAUCAAGAAAUAGGAAAGCCAUCUUCUAGCCGUCCCUUGCAAAGUCAAACCAUUCCAGAACUAGUGGUGGAUCCCAAAGUUGGAAAGCCUGUGGACAAGCAAUCACACGAAGAAGGUGAAUUGUCUCCAGAAAAUGGUGAAUAUAUGAAUAACGGGCAUGAUACUCAAGCUGAAUUUAGUAAACCUGCUAAUCUUCGAGCUUAUUCAGAUGAUUCAGAUCACAAUAGAGAUGUGAGUCCUGGAAGAAGUCCUGCCAAGAAUUCUAGGGAGCUGAACCGAGGACGUGCUCUAUCGGCUAGCCCUGAUAAAAAAUCCUCUGAUCCUGCUGCAGCUGCCUCCAAACAUGGCCAGGGCAUUUCAAAAAGCCCUUCGCCAAAUGGUAAGCGUGUUAAAAAAGGACGAGGCUUUACUGAGCGCUAUGCCUUUGUACGCAGAUACCGUACUCCAUCUCCAGAGCGAUCUCCCCGUGCAUAUCGUUAUGGGGAUAGAAAUGUUAGAAGGAACUUUGAUAGAAAUACAAGCUACAGAAGCUAUUCUGAGCGCUCACCACCACGACGUUUUCGAAGCCCACCAAGGGGAAAUCGUCCCAGAUAUCAAAGCAGAAGAAGUCGAAGCAGGAGUAUCUCCCGCAGUCCAGUACGAGGCCGUUAUAGAGACAAUGGUCGUGGACGGAGUCCAAAACGCAGUCUUAGCCCGGAAGACAGGCGACCUCCCAUAAGUGACAAAUUAAAAUCUCGACUAGGUGCACGAGGUAAUCAACAAUCUCCAGACAGACAGAAGUCAAAGUCAAAUUCAAGGAGCAAUGGCAUUUCUCGAUCGAGAUCCCCUGACAUUACACCCCCAAAGCUUUAUAAUAAAAGGACUUCCAUAUCUCGUAACAGGUCUAGAUCAAGUUCUGCAUCAGGACAGAAGGGUUUGGUUUCCUAUGGAGACGCUAGUCCUGAUUCCGGAGCUAGGUAG